AUGACUCAUUUGUUUGGUGCAAUAUCAUCGCCCAGCUGUGCCAGUUUUGCCCUAAAAAAGACUGCUGACGACAACAGAGAAGAAUUCCCAGCACAUGUGAUCAACACCAUCAAGCAGAACUUUUAUGUAGAUGACUGCUUGAAGUCCAUGCCUUCAGAGGCAGAAGCCAUGGCCUUGGUGGGAGACCUGACAGCUGUAUGCCAAAUUAACUGUAUGAGCAUUGAGCACCAGCUGACACCCAGAGAGGAUUUGCUGCAGCUGGUCUCCCUCCAGAAGGCGUCUGGCUGCUGGGUGCUGGAUCCAGCUCUGGCUGCUGCAUUGGGAAAGACCAGCAAGGAGGUUGAGAACACAAAACCUUCAGCAGUGAAACAUGGAGUGUGGGCCACCAUUCUGGCUCUGAUCUGGCUCCAUGGUUUCAAGAUGGAUGCUCAGGAAGAGUGGGAGCUUCUGGCUAUGAAGACGGUGUCAUGGCUCCGUGCCCAGAAUGCUUUAUGUGUGACAGAGUGUGUGGAAGCUGGAAAUGCUCUGCUGGGUUGCAGCAUGCAGAAAGACGCCCUGGGACUCUGAGGUUUUCAUUAAAGUGCACAGAAGCAGAUUUACCCCAACCUACAACUUUACCUGUAUUUUGUCAACAUUGCACUUUACUCUUUGCACUAUUUACAUUUUUUGUUGCCCAACUCCAUAGAGAUGUACCAACAUGGAAAAAGGUUUUGUACCUCAUUAUUCUCCCUAUAAUCUAUAUACA